AUGGCGGAAAUAGUGUACCCGCAAGGCUGCCGACCAAUCACCGAUGACCUUGGUCCAGAUGAACUCGUGAGAAGAUUAAAGGUCUUAGCGCACACCCUUCAAGGUCUCGGCCAAGAUGAAGGCAUGUACCAGCAGUACAUUCCACUCGCGCUACACCUGGCCGACGAUUUUUUUCUUACACACCCUUCCAGAGAUGUACAGCUGCUCAUCGCGUGCUGCAUCGCUGAUGUGCUCAGGGUUUAUGCCCCAGAAGCACCAUACAAAGAUCAGGAACAGGUCAAAACCAUAUUUUUGUUCCUGAUCAACCAGUUAUACGGUCUUCGAGAUCCGAAAGACCCUGCGUUCAAGCGCUACUUUUAUCUACUAGAGAACCUUGCUUACGUCAAAUCAUUUAACAUGUGUUUCGAGUUAGAAGACUGUCAGGAGAUCUUCUGCGCACUGUUUUCUCUCAUGUUCAAGAUUGUCAAUACGGAACACUCCACCAAAGUCAAAUGCUUCAUGCUGGAUGUUUUGUGUCCUCUGAUCACGGAGUCAGACGUUGUGUCGAACGAGCUUCUGAACGUCAUCUUAAUGAACUUAGUGGAACCCAACAAACGGGACCACAAACAUGCAUACUCACUCGCUAAGGACCUUAUAGUUAAAACCAGUGAGACGCUUGAGACUUACAUACAGAACUUUUUCAAUCAUGUUUUAAUCCUCGGCAAGGAAGAGGGCAAAGGUCUUCUAAUAUACACUAAAGUAUACGAACUGAUAUAUGAACUAUAUCAAUGCUGCCCAUCCAUUUUACUGCAAACUCUUCCUCAAUUGGAAUGCAAAUUAAAAUCAGCUCAGUUCCAAGAGAGGCUAAGCGGGGUCGCCCUUCUCGCUAGAAUGUUUUCUGAGCCCGGCUCACAACUUGCCAAGCAAUAUCCGACUUUAUGGAGGGCUUUUCUGGGGCGUUUUAAUGAUAUUUCAGUACCAAUUAGAAUCAAAUGCGUUCAAUAUUGUAUGCACUUCUUGGUACACCAUCCAGAUUUAAGGAAAGAUAUUACAGAAACACUAAAGCUUCGACAACACGAUGCUCAUGAACAAGUGCGUUAUGAAGUCGUGAUGGCCAUCAUAGCAACGGCACAAAGAGACUUUCAGGCCGUCGCAGAAUCCGAGGACCUCCUACAUUUCGUACGAGAAAGAACUUUAGACAAAAAAUUCAAAAUCCGCAAAGAGGCUAUGUCGGGUCUAGCGUUAAUAUACAAGAAGUUCUUAACAGAAGAAAGCGUGCCACCGGCCACAGAAAAAGCAGUACAAUGGAUCAAAGACAAAAUUCUUCACGGAUAUUACAUGACAGCGUUAGAAGACCGCCUAUUAGUAGAACGGUUGCUGAAUACUUCUCUUGUUCCGUAUACCUUGCCAGCCGCUAUCCGUAUGAAGAAGCUAUUCUAUUUAACGUCCAAUGUUGAUGAUAAUGCCACAAAAGCCUUCAUAGAACUACAAAAACAUCAGUUGGUAGUUCGUCGCACAGUUGCGGAAUGGAUCGAGCUACACAGGAAGCCUCCAACACCGGCAGUGCAAAAGGAAAUGAUAGCUAAGGUCUUACACAUAAGUUCUAAAUUCCUGCCCGAAUCAGUGAAAUCGCAGGAGUUCUUGAAUAAGUUCUCUCAGCACAUGAAACAAGCCCCCGAGUUGUUGCAAGGCAUGGAGACUAUUUUGAAUCCUAAUGUUAGUUGUGAAGUUUGCGUGCGCACAACUUCAAGCGUCUUGAAGAAACUGGGUCAGCCAGUCAUGACCAAUUUAUACUACAACACCGUGAAGAUGUUGUUGGAGCGAGUGAGCUCUGUAAUGAUUGACCAUGAUUCCCUCAUUAUACUUGUGGGAUACGUGGAGGGAGCCGUCAAGGGGACAGACCCGUCUAUUGCAGAAGAAUGUGGUAUAGACAUAAAGAAAGCAGCGGAACGGGGUCUUAAACUUCUAGUAAUGUUGUCGUUCGUGUUCCCCGCGCAUUUCUUGCACGAGGAUGUGUUGAACCGGCUCACGUCACUCCUGGAGUUGGAUGACGAGACGGUAGCGCCGCACAUUCUCGCCGCGCUCACUUUCCUUGGAAAAUACAGACCUCUUAGUGAGGCUUGCCCUGGACUAUUCCCACGGCUGAUUACAUUAUGUAAAGCGUAUGCAGAGGUCGGCACACCUAAACAGGCGAAAAACGCAGUCAGGUGUCUGUUCGUGAACGUGCCUGAGCAGCGUACGCAGAUCUUCACGGAGAUCCUGGAUACUCUGAAGGCUACGCUGAGCCCGCACUCCGAGCACUACCGCACCGCCAUCGUCACGCUCGGACACAUCGCGCACAACCUGCCCGAUAACUUCCCCGUACACAUUAAGAACAUCGUGUCUAGAAAGAUUGUGAAAGAACUACUAGUCCGCGAAGGGGGCGGAGAUACUCAAUCACACGAUGAGCCGUGGUGCCCUGAAGAUCAGUUGCCAGAGGAAACUCGUUGUAAACUAGAAGGACUCAAAUGCAUGGCUCGAUGGCUGCUCGGGCUGAAAAAGGAUGAAUUAUCGGCACAGAAAACGUUCAGGAUGUUGAACGCAUUUAUCGUACAUAAAGGCGAUUUACUACAGCAAAAUCGUUUAUCAAAAGCUGAGAUGGCACACUUAAGAUUGGCUGCUGGCGCGGCUAUGCUGAAGAUCUGCGAACAGAAGGGCGUCGGAGAUCAGUUCACUGCCGAGCAGUUCUACAAUUUGUCGCAUCUUAUGAUCGACGAAGUACCUCAAGUCAGAGAAGCAUUCGCGACGAAAUUACACAAAGGACUAUCAAAGGGUAUCCCCAACAAGUGCCUGCCGCUGGACUUCAUGGGCAUGUACGCGCUGGCGGGCCGCGAGCCGGAGCGGCGCCUACGCUCGCUCGUGCGCCAGUACAUGCUCGCCGACGUCGUGCGGCGCCGCGAGUACGUGCGGAACAUCACCGUCGGCACCAAAGUGGAGCGCGCCGUGAGUCAACUCCCGCACAUCCUGCCCGACUACAUGUUGGUGUUCGCCGUGCCGAUACUUACCCACGACCCCGCUUUCACGGCAUACGACAAUGUUGCACAACUUAAGGUGGUGAAGAACUGCUUAUGGUUCAUCUUGGAGCCACUGAUCACCCGCAACGAUUUCUACUGUUACGGCUUCUACAAGAGUUUAGUCGAGCGCAUGAAACAGCAUAAAGAUGCGCUCAAUGAUGCAGACGACUCUCUCAAUUAUAAACUGUGGGCGGUGUGCGACCUGGCGAUGUCUGUGAUCUGGGCGCGCUCGCAGAGCUUCGAGUUGCGCGACUUCCCGUCGGACGCGCGCAUCCCCACGAUGUACUUCACGCCGCAGUCCGAGUACUUCGUCAACACGCGCGUCUUCUUGCCGCCCGAGCUUCAGUUCCAGCCUAAGAGGCAAGCCACGACUGAGGCAGUCGCCCGAGGCAAGAAACGUCCUCGACAGAUGCCUGACAGAGAAAACACGAAUGAUGUUGAGCCAUCUGAAGCAUCAGACACCCAGAUCCAGCUGCCAGGUCUGGAAAACCCCCCGGAGACAGACGUCGAUGAGCCGCAGGCGAAACGUCCAGUGAGCGACUGA